GUCAUUGCACGCCACGUGCAGAACCAUGUCGAACUCGUGUAAGAGUCUUUUAAGAUUAUCUGCGACAGGUUUGAUCGGCUGGUUUGCAGGCAAAUAUUACGAACGACAAAACUGGGUAAAUGACGGGCGACAGGUGCUUCUACCCGGGACAAAUGUCAGGAGUAUGCCAGGGCUGCCGAUCUUCGGCACUGUCUCGGCAGCCUCACCUAUUGUCCCGGUUGACAAUAAUACUGUCGGUUCUGACAUGGGUUCGAAAUUAUCAGUCUCCGAGUCUCGUAUUAGUCAGAUUAUGAAAUAUGGUUUUCCUGGGUUGGAUCAUGUGAGGUCAUAUGAUGACUACGUUUUAUCUUACGACAGAAGAAAUAGAGUUGCUCACUGGGUAUUUGAGCACCUUUCAAAAGAUAGAUUGAAAGCCAAUGAUAACAUAGACAGAUCAAAAUGUGAGUUCACUCCUGAUCCUAGCAUACAUCCAUUUUUCAGAUCAGAUAAUAGUGACUAUAAACGUAGUGGUUAUGACAGGGGGCACUUGGCUGCUGCUGGUAAUCAUAGAUUAGAUCAAAAGCAUGUGCAACAAACAUUCUAUUUGACAAAUAUGGCACCACAAGUUGGACUGGGUUUCAAUAGGGAUUCAUGGAAUAAACUUGAAAAAUACGUCAGAAAAUUAACGAACAUUUAUAAGGAUGUCUAUGUUUGCACAGGCCCUCUAUAUUUACCAAAGGUAGAAACUGAUGGGAAAAAAUAUGUACGAUAUGAAGUUAUUGGUGCUAAUCAUGUUGCCGUCCCUACACACUUUUAUAAAAUAGUUGUAGGAGAGACUGCAGAUUCAAAAUUAGAAAUGGAAGCUUUUGUUAUGCCUAAUGCACCAAUUAAUAAUGAUACUCCACUCAAAAAUUUCCAGGUCCCACCAGAAAGCGUUGAACGAGCAGCAGGAUUAUUAUUUUUCGAUAAAGUAGCGAGAAAUAAACUGAAUAAAAUUAAUGGUAAAAAGGUGUAGCUAAAUCAAAAUUGAUUUUACAAAAUUGAGAUAAUGUACAGUACACAUUUUAAAACGUCAAUUUUCAAUUGAAAUACAUUACUACAUUUAAAAAAUAAUUUUACAUUGAAAAUAAGUGAUAUUAUAAAUAAUGUCAAUGUUAUGUGGAUAAGUGAAACAAAUUUCAGUGAAAUGUGUAAUUGCAUGUGUUAUAUGUAAAUAUUAUUUUAGCCAAUUAAAACACAAUCAU